AUGCCACCACCACCUAUUCAUGAUGAACUACAACCGAUCGACUACUUUUAUUGUAUAUUCGGCAAGCAAUCAACAACACUCUUGACAAAUCAAUCAAAUCUAUACUCUGUUCAAAAAAAUCCUAACAAACCGGUACGUAUUUCAGAAACAGAAAUGGAAUAUUUCAUUGGUAUAUUGUUGAUGACAGGUAUUUAUUCUUUUCCAAAACAACGUUAUUUUUGGUCUAGUGAUACACGUUUUGAGUCUAUAUCUUCAGUUAUGAGUAGAGAUCGAUUUCUUGAAAUCAAAAAAUAUUUACACGUUACCGAUAAUUCAGUUCAGUCAAAUCGAACAGAUAUAAAUUUUGAUCGAGCCAAUAAAGUUCGUCCAUUAUUAAAUAUUGUAAAAGAAAAUUUUAGGAAAAUUUCAAAAGAAGAAAAAUGA